AUGAAUAAAGAAUUAUUAUCCACAGUCCAUUCGCGUGACGAUGUUAAUCUUUCAUCUAUAAGACAAUCGAAAUCUCCAUUUGUAAAAUCACUAUCAGAAGAAUUAAUAAAACUGAGCUCUUCUAUAAAACGAAAACGAUCAACAAAAUUUCCUGCAAAUCAUUCACAACCUACUUCUCCCCCGUCGAAUUCAGUAUCUCGUAAAUUAAAUCAAAUAGUAGUAGCGAAGAUAACAAAUAAUAAUGGUAUUGGCAAUGGUAAUAGCAAUAGCGAGGUCAUGUCGUCUCAUAAAGUUCUUUCUUCCGUGCGUGGAGUUAAUGGCGGAAGUCAUUCUCGUAUGUCUUCAAAAUCAACACUUGAUUCAAGUAGUAGUGAUGAUAACGGCUCAGAUGGUUUAGAUGGUUCAGAUUCGACUUCGGAUAAAAUUAUUACUAUCUCACAAAAGUCUGCUCCGGUAUCAACUAUACAAUCUCCUACCCAUCCUGGUUUGGUAACUUCACCGACUAGUCUUAAUGCAAGUUUCUCGCAAGAAUCUCAAAAGAAGUUACGUGAAAGAAAUGAUCAAACUAAUGGCGUUUCUGGUAGCAAUAAAGGAACCUAUAUUAAUCAUUCACAACAUUCUCAAGAUAAUAAUUCUAAUACUUUGAGACAAAGAGAUAGAACUGAAAGAAAUGAUAGAUAUUUAAGGGAUAGGGAUAGGGAAUAUUCAUCAAGAGAAAUUCAGCAAGGUCAAUCUUCACCUAAUAAUACAAGACCUUCUCAGUAUAGAGGCAGAGAUCGCGAAAAGGUUCGUAGAUAUUCAAAAUCCAGAGAGAGAACAACUGAUGAUUAUAGGCAUAGAGAACGAGGUGCUGAUUACGUUGAUCGUCAUCGUGCUCAUUCUAAAUCAAGGGAAAGAGGUGGGGGUCAUGAUGAUAUUCAUCGAGGUGAAAAUGUUUAUAGGCAUAAGGAUAGAGAUAAUAUGGAUAGAGGAAGGAAAAUGACAUAUGAUUAUGACGGGAGGGAACGUAAAAAAUCUAAAACUCGUGAACGAGAAAGAGGAAGGGAAAGAGAAUUUAACAAUGAUAAUAAAAUGCAUCGUAAUAUUAACGAACCUCAUCAUGAUAUGGAUUCUCAAAAUAAACACCAAAGAUCAUUACGUAAAACGAAUGACAAGAGUUAUGAUAUUAGUAAAGCAAGGGCUAAAUCUUUAACAAGAGAUCUUUCUGGAUCAUCAAAUGAUAGCGAUUUACAAAGAAGACAAUCACGUAGAACAAGAGAAAAGAAUGUUCCUAUGGAAAGAAAUAGAUCAAAAUCAUUGACAAGAGAUCUCGAAGGAAAGUCAUUGGAUGUGAAUAAAGAGUCACAGAGGAAUAGAGAACGAGAGUUUGAAAAAUUAAUGGAAAGAGACAGAAAUAAUGGUCGAUCUAUACGUAACGGCGGUGAAAAAGAUCAGAAGAAUUCUGAUAAUGAAGAUGUUAAAUACAAGCAGAGAGGCGAACAUGAUGAAAAAACACACGCAAAGUCAAGAACUAAAGGUGACGAUAAAGGAACUCAUGAAAAAGAAUUUGAGUUAGAAAAAGAUCCCAAGUUAUUAAUAAAUCGAAUCGGUCUUAAGCAGCAAAAGAAUGAAGAACCAUUACAUAUGGAAAAAGAUGAACCAAGGAGUUCUUCUGGAAAGAUCACGGCUCAAAUAUUUAUUGAAGAGAGUCAGCAAUACAAGUCAAUAACGUUGACUCCUGAUAUGACUGCUCUUGAUGUUAUGAAUAUAUUCAGAAGUGAUAAUACUAUUUCUGAUGCUGGUGCUUGGACAAUAUUUGAAUUGGUUCCUGAAUUCGAUUUAGAACGCCCAUUAAGAGAUUGGGAGAGUCUGGCGUGGAUUAUUGGUAGAUGGGAAUUGGACAGAGGAAAUUCUCUCGUUUUGAAAAAAUAUGCAUACAGAAAUGCUUUAACACUUGCAGGAUUUAAUGAGCAUGUGCCUCCGAUAUUUGGAGUGUUAUUUGUAGAAUUUAAGAAAAGCAAAUGGCAGAAGCGAUACUUCUAUUUAAAGGAUGGAUCAAUAUAUCAUAGCAAAGAUACUAAAGGAACGAAUGAAACUUUCCUUUGUUCUAUGGUCAGUUUUGAUGUGUAUAUAUGCACGAAACUUUCUAAUACAUUUCCAACAAACUUUGUCUUUGCCGUAAAAUCGCAAGAUAAAAUUACAAUGUUUGAGAAUCCAGAAAAGGAUUAUAUGCACUAUUUAUGUGCGGAAAAUUUAAAUAAGAUGAAUGAAUGGUUAUUAUCUAUUAGGACAGUUAGAAAUAAAAUAAUGCGUGAAGAAAGUCCAGAAUUAUUUGUUGAUAUUCCUGUCAAGAAUGAGAAACCGAAUGUACCAAUUAACCUUGCUAUGCCAUUAACAAAUGCAUUACCGGCAGCUGUGUCAGAGACAACUUCAUUAAUGAGGGAAAUUUCUUUUGAACUAGCAUCAAUUAGUACAACUCCUUUAUCAAAAACGGUUGGAAAUGAUACCACUAAUCAAGAUACAAAAAAUUUACCAACCAAAAAAUGGAAUGCACACCAUUUACGCAGUGCAUCGGAAGGAUCUUUACUAGAUUUUUUUAAUAAUCCAGCCGGAACAAUUUCGCCACCAUCUCUUGAACUAACGAAAAAAGCAUCAUUAAGUAAAUCUUCAUCGUUUGAAAGGAAAGAAGUUAAAAAGAUUGAGACCUCUAAUGAUGAUUCCAAUAAGAAGAAAGAACAAUCAAAUGUUUUUAAAGGUGGAUCAUUGUUGGAUUAUGAUGAUAAACUUCCUCAAAUCAAACCAAUUGAGGCUGAACAAGUUACGUUCGCAAAAGGUUCAUUAUUGUCAAAUGGAACUAUAUAUGAGCAGGCAAAAGAAAGAGAAAAAAUAAGAAGAGCGAUGGGAGGAGUUGGAAUCAUAAGAGAUUCACAUAGUGGAACUUUAUUAAAUUUAGAAAACAAUGUUAAAUUUCAUAAAGGUUCUUUAUUAGAUCGUAAUAUAGAAGGUACUGGUAAUGGUAUAGGAAAUAAAACCAUACAACGUAAAAAAUCUAUGGGUAAUGCUUUAAAACAAAAUCAACCAUUAAGACAAAAUAACUUUCAACCUUUAUUAAGUUUUGGAAAUAAUCAAAGGGUAUUUGAUUUUGAUGGAGUUAAAUCUUAUCCCAUUAAAUCUCCUCCAAUUAAAUCUCCGCCCAUUAAAUCUCCGCCCAUUAGAUCUCCACCUAUUAAAUCUCCACAUGGUGAUGGAGAACGAGAUAGUUAUUUCUAA